AUGACCGGUAAGGUACAAGACAAGUCUAAGGACAAGAAUAAGAAACCCCGAGGACAGUAUAAUAACGGACUCUCCACGGAAGAACGCAAGAAGCGUUAUGACAGCAAGGCAUGUCUCCGAUGCGGUGAAGUAGGACACUUCCGCAGAGAUUGCCCAAAAAACGAAGUCAGACAAGGAGCGGUCAAGAUUGGGAUGAUUCGGAUACCAACACCAUACCUAACUGAGGAGCCAGAUGAAACCCUCAGCGACCUAGACCUAUACGAAGAAGCAAGACAAGCCACCGACGAGGCGUUUAAGCUAAUUGAAGGGGCCGAACCAACGAUUGCGACUGCAAUGGAAGAGUCACAAUCUCAGGACCCCGAGCAGAUGAGAUUGCCUGCAGGGCUGCCUAGGAACAACCCAGGUUUAAGGAACCUGAUGACGAGGAGACACCUCGGACGUUCAAGGAACGGAUAG